ACUUAGAGUACCGCAAGAUACAAUGAGGCAGAUCAAACCGUUGGGAGGAGUAGAAGGCAAAGUUGAUCAAAAUCCCCGAUAAGAUAACGAAUCCCACUCUUGACCGCCCGCAUCGCGAUUAAUCAAUUCAUCAAUCACCACCAUGUCCUCGAUUUCAACACCGACCCGAAAUCCCAGUUGGAAUCCCUGCAAUAAUGCCCCACAGCAAUCGCAAGAGAAACCUCAAGCACCAUAAGCGUCUCGAAGUCACCGACCCCAGCGGCUGGACGCACGUCACCACGGGCGGAAAAAGCGCCCGUCGAGCUCUACGUACCACGCAACAGCACCAUGACAACCCAGAACAGGGCGAACAGUCCCAGAUCCUUGUCCCCGCCGAAGCGCCGGCACAGUUGAAUUUGGAAGAUCUCCACGCACAAUUCCGAGGGUAUCAGCAGCGAUGGGAGGGGUCGGAGAGUUGGAGGGUGGUCGAGACUGCACUGUCGUCGGCCACAGUGAAAGUGGAUCGCAUUGUCUGUAUUGGACUGGGAAGUCCGAGUGGGUUUCUGAAGGGUGGUUGGGUGGAUAGAAGGAGCGUAUCAAUGUAUCAGCUCGCCGGGUUGGUGAGCGUUGUGGAUCGCCUGAAAAAAUCAAUCCCGAAUCUCGAAGUCUGCGCUCAGGACCCUGUGUUCAAUACCCAUGACCAAUCCCUGCUCGCUUCUCUUGACAUUGCUGUUCUCGACCACCCCCAUGGCUUCGAAAAAGUCUGUCCUGGAACUCUCCUCUACUGCCCCGGCGCGGAACGGACACACCUUGAACAACUUCUUUCGCACGCGCCUACACUGGUUUUUGGUGGGCCAUUAGAAGACAUCGAGUCGGAGGCUGUGAAGCAGUUCGUGGAAUCAACGAAGUCUGUUAGGAUCCCGCGGUUCGAAGAUAUGGAACAUGCGUUCUGGAAUAUGAGACUAUAUUCACAUGAGAGCGAUGAGCAAUAGAUGAGAAGACAAGACGAACUGGAUAGGAGUAUAAUACAACGACUGAAUAUCUCUAUCAACGAACAGAUGGAUGCUGAAUUGAAAGUAGUAUUUGCAAAAGUCUGAAACACCCCACCAACGUCGAGCGUUCAGGAGAUAUAUACACAAUGACACUCUUCCAGCCAUCGUCCAGGCAUGCAUAUGCAAUAUAGAACCACUCUCAAUAGUU